GAUCCAUACUACGGCAGCUAGUUGCUGUCGCGGGGUAAGGUUAUAUUUUGUCUCUGCUAAGGUCCCAGUCAGCCAGAGCUACUUGGAAGGUUCCAGGGGCUUCUGUUUAUAAGACUAUGGUAGGUCCUCUUUAAGCUUUUCGUUUUGUCAGACCCUCCAAUUCUUGCUCUCUUCAUUGUUAAGAAGACAUAAUACAAGAUGCCUCAUCCCAGAAGCUUGACAUUAAUUGCCCCACUCAUUGCCGUGCUUGACACAGCGUUGGCGCUCCCUCAACCUUUCAGUCCAAAUGUUAGAAAUGGAGGGACAAAGCUCGUGUCUCGGGACCUAGAGACCCUUGGAGAAGCAUUUCCAGCCAUGGUCGAUGCCCUCGAUGUUAUGCAGUCUCAAUAUUGGAGCUCCAAUACUUGGCCAACGGGGAUUGACUGGACUUCAGCGGUGACCAGCACGCACGUCUCUGCAGCCCUGACUGAAAUGGCCAUGUAUGAUGCAGGUACUUACAGCGGUGAUAUCAGCAAAUAUUUCUCACAAAUUGUUUCCUUUUACGGCGGCGAAAAUGUGGAAUCGCUACGAGCACAGAAAUUCGAUGAUCAGGAAUGGGUAGUUCUGGAAUGGUUGGAAGCCAUCAAGUUCAUCAAUGUAUACUCCAGUAUUGACUCGACGUUCGACGGCCAGCAACAUCUUGGAGACUUUGCGCAUCGUUCUCGUAUUUUCUGGGAUCUGGCUUCGAAGGGAUACGACACCAAGUUGUGCGGUGGCGGGAUGGUCUGGACUGAUACACUCACGCCGUAUAAAAACGCCAUCACCAACGAGCUUUACCUCUCAGCCAGUAUUUCCAUGUAUCUUUAUUUCCCAGGAGACGACAAUCGAAGCCCUUACUCGGAGCCUGGGAAAGCCUAUGAUCCUUCUGAGGCACUCGCCCAAAUGCCAGCACACGAUGAGAGGUAUCUUAAUGCUGCCAUCGAAGAGUACAAAUGGCUCUCAACGAGCAACAUGAAGAAUUCACAGGGGCUGUAUACAGAUGGAUUUCACAUCACUGGUUGGACUAGCCCAGACAACAUCGGGACCGGGAAAUGCGAUUCACGAGAUGAGAGCGUCUACACCUACAACCAAGGCGUCAUCCUCUCAGGACUUCGCGGCCUAUGGGAUGCGACAGGCAGCACAGACUAUCUCUCCGACGGCUACACUCUCAUAAAGGACGUUAUCGCAGCUACAGGCUGGGUCUCCCCAACCGAGCAAACAAACACCUGGUCCGGCCUUGGCAGCAACGGCAUCCUGCAAGAAACCUGCGACGCCGACGGCAGCUGCAGUCAGGACAGUCAGAACUUCAAGGGGAUCUUCUUCCACCAUCUCACACUGUUCUGCCAGCCAAUCGCGCUUAGCAGGAAGGAGACUGUUAUCUUCAAUGGCACAGAGGCGCAGGCUCAGGCCCAUCAGGAGGUCUGCAACGGGUACCAGCCGUGGAUCUUGCAUAAUGCGCAAGCGGCUUAUAGCACGCGCAAUUCGAAUGGGAAGUAUGGUGGUUGGUGGAAUGCCGGGGCAACUGCGGCUGCAUUAAAGGCUGAGAGCACGCCUGUGCAGCCUUCAGGGGCUGCGGACGUGAGGAAUAAAGGAAUCCCGCUGAACAAGGCGUGGCGCCUGUCAGGCAACCCGCUUGUGUCGGAACAAGGAAUGAGCCUGGUUGAAAAUACGGCGGCAGCAGACCCAAAUGAUAGUGGUAGGGGCAGGACGGUGGAGACUCAAAGUGGGGGGCUUGCUUUGAUGGGGAGUUUAGUGCAGGUGUUGGAGCUGCUAAGUAGGUUAUAGGCAAUAUGGCUGAAGCGUUGG